UCAUAGAAGUAAAGCAGCGACAAGGAAAAAAAAACAUGCGACCACCGAGAGGCGGCGGGGGUUUCAGGGGUGGCAGGGACGGUGGCCGUGGGAGAGGAGGUGGCCGAGGAGGCUUUGUUCGAGGUGGUGGACGUGGUGGAGGUGGAUUCCGUGAUCGUGAUGAAGGGCCUCCUGCUGAAGUAGUGGAGGUAUCUGCAUUUCUUCAUGCAUGUGAGGGUGAUGCAGUGACAAAGCUGACCAAUGAGAAAAUACCUUUCUUUAAUGCUAAUAUCUAUCUGCAGAACAAGACCCGGAUUGGGAAAGUUGAUGAAAUCUUCGGUCCCAUCAAUGAGUCUUUUUUUUCAAUCAAAAUGUUGGAAGGUAUUGUGGCGACUUCGUAUGCGCCGGGUGAUAAGUUCUAUAUUGACCCGGCCAAACUUUUGCCUCUUGCAAGAUUUCUUUCACAACCAAAGGGACAGGCACCAGCUGGUGCAAGAGGUGGUCGUGGAGGAGGCAGAGGUGGCAGUAGAGGUGGUGGCCGUGGAGGUGGUGGAUUUCGUGGAAGGGGUGCCCCAAGAGGUGGCAGAGGUGGUCCUAGGGGUGGUGGCCGUGGUGGCGGAUUUAGAGGCAGAGGGAGAUUUUAGAGUAAUAGCAUUUUGUAACAUUACCAAUGCCCUUUUCUGCUACCCCUUUCGGAUGUCAUGGGCGUACAACUUUGAAAACUUGAUGCCGAACUUUAAUUGUGACUCUGUUUGUGUUCAUUGGAGAUACAUUUAUUUCACGUUUUUGUUUAUCCAAAGUGCAAUACCUGGAUUUGGUUACUAUAAAUUUCGAAUACGAUCCAUGCUAGAUCGUUGUAGGUCUGACAUGGUUGUAAUCUGUUGCACUGCUUGAAAUUGUACAGUGCUUCGAUUCGUUCAUUGUUGUAA